CCUCACACUACACCACAAACACAAAACAUAAAUACUUUUAACAAAAUCCCAAAAUCUACAAAGAUUUAUCACUCUUUCUCUUUUUAAGAAACAUCAAAUAUGGAUAAUAAUAAUAAGCUCUUAGCUGUUUUGCUAAUGUUCUUGUCAAGCUUCUUGCUGAUGAGAUCAUCAACGGCUGCUUACAACUACAAUGUCGUCAACUUCGGUGCCAAACCUGACGGUCGAACGGACUCCACAAAAGCCUUCCUUGGCGCGUGGCAAGCAGCUUGCCGUUCAGCUGCAUCAGUCACUGUAACGGUCCCGAGAGGGAGCUUCUUGCUCAAACCAGUGGAGUUUCGUGGUCCGUGCCGCAGUAGGAUAACGUUCCAGAUCUAUGGAACGAUUGUAGCUCCUUCGGAUUACCGCGGUUUGGGAAAUUCCGGUUAUUGGAUCUUGUUCGUGAAAGUUAACCGGAUCUCGAUCAAUGGAGGAACGUUAGAUGCUAGAGGUGCUUCUUUUUGGGCUUGUCGUAAAUCCGGAAAGAGUUGUCCUGCUGGCGCCAGGUCAAUGACGUUUAACUGGGCAAACGACGUCGUAGUAACCGGUUUAACAUCAAUUAACAGUCAAGUAACACAUUUAGUUAUAAACAGCUGCAACAACGUAGUCAUCCGGAAAGUAAAGCUAGUGGCUCCAGACCAAAGUCCCAACACAGAUGGCCUCCAUGUCCAAGCUUCUGCUGGUGUUACCGUAACUGAUAGCACGUUUCAGACCGGAGAUGAUUGUAUCUCUAUCGGUCCGGGAACUCGUAACCUCUACAUGUCUAAGCUCAACUGCGGUCCAGGCCAUGGAAUUAGUAUUGGGAGUCUGGGAAGAGAUGCAAAUGAAGCUGGAGUACAGAACAUAACGUUGGUAAACUCUGUUUUUACUGGAUCAGACAAUGGUGUUCGGAUCAAAACAUGGGCUAGGCAAAGUACAGGUUUUGUGAGAAACGUUUUGUUUCAGAAUCUGAUCAUGAAAAAUGUUCAGAAUCCAAUCAUCGUCGAUCAGAAUUAUUGCCCGAACCAUCAAGGUUGUCCUAAACAGGGUUCUGGAGUGAAGAUUACUCAGGUUGUGUAUAGAAACAUUCAAGGGUCGUCGCGGACGCAACAGGCUUUAACGUUUGAUUGCAGUCGCAGUAAUCCGUGCCAAGCUAUUAGAUUGCACGAUAUCAAGCUAACGUUUAACGGUCGGUCAGCCACUUCGACGUGUAAAAAUAUUAAAGGAGUUAAGGCUGGUGUGGUGAUGCCUCAAGGUUGUCUUUGAUAAUUCAUGAAUUUGAAGAUGUUUGGAUGA